AUGUCGACGCUCGUCGCUCUCUGGGUGUGCGGCCCGAUCCAAACCACUAAUGGCGUGUUAAACCCUUCUCCUCUAUCCGACGACAUCGACGGCCAGCCGUCAACCCCUACAUCUCCGCGCUCUCCACGCUCACCGCGCGGGCUCCGAUCCCCCAUCGUCUCCCUCAUUGUCCCCUCGAGUCCCAAACGCGAGGUGAGCCCAGGGAACACAAGCUCUGGCUCGGAUGGAUUCCGCCGCCUCAGGCGCUCCUCGCUCUCACGCAAGAACCAGGUUGUGGGUGUCACGUCCAACCGCGGACAGUAUGAGUCGCAGAAGCUUCUGUCACAUCUCCUCGAUAGGCUCGAGGCGCGCCCACCACCGCCCGACCUCCUGGACCGCGCUGCACUCGCAGCGCGCCAAGCGAGUGGUAUGGCACGGGCAAAACCGAAGCACCGCAUCGUUGCGUUCGGGGAAGCGGUCGCGGCGGCGACCAUGGGCCACAACUCGACCUCGAGCGCGUCGAAUCUGCCUCCUGAUGAAGACGAGGAGGACCUUUACCCCCUCCAGGAAGGCGAUUGGAACAUUGAUUCGACGUACGAUAUGGUAGAGCAAAUGCGUAAGUUCCUCGUCCUCUCCGAGCAGCAGCACUUCGACAUCUUUGGUGCUUGCCAGGCCUCUGCCGCUGAGGCCGCCCGGACUGCUUCCGCUAAAGACCGACGACGUGGCUCGCGGUUCGCCUCCUCACCCUUAGCCCGGACAGGUGCCGACCACUUCACUUUCGAGCCGACAGCGACCAUCUCUGGCCCUGACCUCCUCCGACGCAUGGCCAACGCAGUUCGCCGCCUCCUCGUCGUCGACUGCCUCUACAAGACGACCAAGUUUAGGCUCCUGCAGCCGCCGUACGCCCUACAGGCGGUGUGCAUGGAUAUUGCUGCCGUGCUCUACCACAAGGGCGACCUCAAAAUCCAGCUCGAGAUGAUGGAGGCGGUUGUGGACGGACUGUACAGCAUGGGCGACGUGCUGCGCGAGAAGGUCUUCGAAUGGAUUGAGGGAAGGUUGGCGGAAAUGCUGCAUAAGCUGGCCCGGGAACGUGGUGCCGACGACCACGAGAGGCUCAACUUGGAGUGGAACGACCCCUUUGCAGAGUCCCCAUCUCCAACCAUGCCAACUUUCGCGUUCUCGGUCCAUCCCGCCGAUGAAGCAGAUCCCCACGAUUCCACAGAGCGCAAACCAGGCUGGGUACGAUUCUCACCGACUGGUGGGAACAGUCCUAUCCCGAGUGCAGUUAGAGACAAGCUGCAUGGGAUCCUCUCAACGCAUACAGCGUCUGGGAACAUCUCGAUGGCUGCAAUCCAGAUCGCCGCCAUCGUCCCGCACAUCCUUGUCGCUAUCACGUCCACUGUCGACUUGAGGUCCUUAAACUUAGUCUCCAUCUACCGUGUCGACCGACUACUCUCUCUCAUCUUCUCUGCCAAGCCUGACGCCGCGCUCGACCUCAUCGAAAUUAUCGCCCACGGGCCCAUUCAAUCCCGCUCUCGCGGCCUCGACCUCCUGGCUUCGUUCUAUCCAGAGUGUGUUGGGCAUAACAAAAUCGCGCGCCGGCCGGCACUCGCCACGCACGAGGCUCAUAUGGCCAAGUGGGAGUCUGGACAGGAGCACGUUCUAGGCCAGGAUGACACCGAGGACCACUCGUACAUCCCUUGGCGAUUGUACCAGGAGGAGACGUACCAGUACAACGUUAUCGUCCAGGCGCCAGGUCAGGCGCAGCCGUCAAAGACCGAGGUUGUCCAUGUCCAGUUCUCGAAGUGCAUCCCCCGGCUGGACGAGAAGAUGCUCGGAGGGGGAGGCACACGCGGCACAGUUGACUCGACAAUCCGGCGAGUGGGCCAGCACAAUUUCCGACUCGUCAACUUGUUCAACAUCACACUUUGCGCCGAGUGCCACGAACCGCUUUGGGGCGCGACAGCCCAGGGGUACGCCUGCAUGGGCGCCUGUCAGCGCUUCUACCACGUUGCUUGCGCCGAUAACAUGGCAAAGGGCCGUCGCGGAUCCUGCCGACCGGGCUUCGAGAUCUACGCCAACCCACACAACCCUCCUUCGCAUCGCGAUCCGUUCUCGGCCAGUGCCGCCGACGUCCGAGCCUCUUCCCGGAAGGCUGCUGAUCGGUUGUAUCGCGACCCCGAGAGGCUGGGAGGAGCAAGCUACGAUGAGGUCGCCGUGCUCCACAGCCACGUCUGGAUGCAACUGGAAAUCCUCAACAGAGGCAUCGCGUCGGGCUCCCUGAGAAUUCAUUACGAUAUCGACAACGACGGCGACGACGCAGAUGAUAUAACAGAUUUGACCGCGGUCCUGGCCCAGUACCAGAAGAUCCUCGACGACAGUAGCCUUCCGGUCUCGUUGGCGGUGGACCAGUUUGCUCGUAUCUCGGGAGAGAGCAUUCGGGACGGUGACUUCCUCUGGCGGCCCCGUUAUCUACAGUACUGCGCCGCGCUGCUUCGCGCGCCCUCAGACCCAUCAUAUCACUCCUCUUCAGCCAACCCGACUGGUCUCUUGACAGUGACAGACACCCAUUCGUCACAUGUCGACCCUCCCAGUGUUGCAUACGAGGCUGUCCAGAUGAAAACCAUCCGACAAACGCUCAACAUCGACCUCAACGUUCACUCCGACUUGGCGGCUUCGAUUCUCAUCGAUCAACUGCGUCUCCUUGGCCUCUGCAGCGUCGCCAACACACGGAGCAUCACACCUGCAGCCAUUCACAAUAGCGCCUUGACGGUCAAUUUUCCGCUUCCUCUGCUGAUGGAUGCCUCCCCGUCAGUUGAGCUGCUAGUACUAGUGAUCGAGCAAUUGCUGGACGAUGUCGAUCUAACUGCCAACGAACAGGGCUUCUCGCUCCUCUUCAACCGCGCGUGGCCAACCAGCAUGUGCGCACCUUACGCCCUCGAGCGACUCGGAGGUGCUGCCAUGUCAUGGAUCAUGGCUGAGGACGAUGUAUUGCAUCACGUCGUCAAGAACUACGCAGCCAAGCGAAAGCGUCCACCAGGCGUGCGCACCUCCGCUACCUCUGUUGCGAAGGAUGGGACAUCGGUCGCAGCCUAUAAGGCCAGCCGCGCGGAGAUCUGUGCAGGAUACGCGCAGCCGUGGCUCAAAGCCCUGCAUGACCUGGACCCCGGUUUAUACGGAGAACUCGCAUACGAUCAGAGCAAGAUCAUUGACGAUCGGUGGGGUGUGAUCGAAUGGGAGAAGGGUGACGCAGCGGCAUCGCAGGCCGCUGGAAAGGCCCUCGAUCGUAUCACAGCGCUGGCGGAUGCGAAAGUGACAUUCGCCAUCACCCUUGACCUUUUGACGGCUUGGCUUGAAGACAUCGGGAAUCUGUCCCAUGAAGAAGUUGCUUUCAAAGCUCUACCUCGGCUUUUACGUCACAGCCACACGUUAAACAACGACUCGGCAGAUCUGUGGACGUUGGCAAAUGAGACGUCCCGCGACGACAUUCAAGGACUACAGCGCGUGUGCCGGUGGCUCCGUGUCCUCGCCUGCUCCGGCGUCGACGUGCCGUGGGAGUCUCUUACGGCUGUCGUAGACUUAGACAACCUCACCCAGCUCAACGACGAGGCUCGGUUCGAUAUAGUCUUGGCUGCGAGCGUCAACUCGACCCCGAUCGCCCAUGACGCCCAUGCUGAGUUUUUAUCUCGGUUAUUUGCCAAUGUGGUCGCGUCCAUCGAGGAUCUGCAGAGUGACAGCGUUGCGAGCGGCAAGGCAGAGCCGAGCGAGGAGGAGAUUGACAUGCUCCGGACGGGCAUGAUUGCUAUUCUGCGUGCCUACGAGGUGCAGACCGAAGAUAUCACAGCAAGUGCUCUGCAUAACGAGAACACGGCUAAGCGGCUCCUGGGGCACAUCAAGAAAAAGAAUAUGCCAGUCCGGACGAGGACGAUUCCCCUUGAAGCCGAUGCGGUACUGGCUGCGGCGAGCCUGCUGAGGAGGAAGGAGUACCCGACGGAGAUGAUGCUAGACUUCCUCUGGCUCCUCCUCAAGGCGCCGGCUGCAGAAAACCCUGUCGGAUUCCUUCACCACCUCUGCUCGGAACUCUAUGAGUCGCUCUGGCCGCUGUACGACAGGCCGAUCCGCCGCAGAAGCCGGGCGCGACUGUUUCUCAAGCUACUCACCGUCAAUCCGAAGCCGAUGGAGGCACUCGUGAACGACAGAAUGGGAAGCGUGGAAUACGAGGCGAUACGCGAACGACUGUACACUUUUGUCCUGGAACUUGCGGACGAUCGUGUGACUCAGGACGUGGAUGCGGCGAACUGGAGACGCUCGGCUGUCGGUCUGGUCUUGAAGCUCUUCAACACCGCAAUGCCCUCGACUGAUCCAAGCCCACAGAAUCUGGUCAUGUGGAGGGGCCUGAUGGGGGCCCAUCUCGAGGCUCUCACGCUCUCCUUCGAGAACUACCUGUUGUUCGGCAGCACCGACGAGCAGCGCCUGUCGCUACUGUCCCAGCUUCUACAUCUUCAAAACCUUAAGCCCUCCUGGCCAAUUCUUGGCUGGAAGGCCAUUGAGGAGAUCGUGACAGAACAGGUCCAGACAAUCGCAGCUCUUCACGCGGCAGACACCGUUCAUGCACUCACAGCUGUGGCCGACGCGUUGACCAUCCGAGCCGCGACGCUGUCACUCGGCCUGAACAUGUUGGCGGCCGGUGUGCCGUGCGAGUGGGCCGUACUACAGCGCUUCCAGCAGUUCGCGGCAGCUGCCUGCGAUUUACCAUGGCUCACGCCCUGCGACGCGAUCACUUCCAUCAUGCUCCCUGCGCUGAAGAACAUCCUCGACUCAUCCCGCCACAUUUCCACGACCCACGACGGUGACGGUAAGCGGACAGCACUUGUCGGCUCGCUCUUCGUGCCUGUCGUCAUCAAGUUUGCGACUGUCCUGCAAGAAUGGGACUUUGUGGUGGAGCGUCAUAUUCUUGAUAUCCUACUCGUCGUGUUCUUCAAGCACAACGUUCAAGCUGUCCAGUUGCAGGCUGCUGAUGCGUUAAGGGCUACAGCGCACUACGUCACCAAUGCUACCAACGCGCAGAAUGGGAUCCUGGCGAUCCAGGUGCUGCGCACGGCACAAGAGCGCAUGAACAAGUUCAAGUUCUCCACCAACUUUGUGCCGCAGCUUUUCGUCAGCGUUGCGUGGAGCAUCACUCGCCCGGGCAAGGACGCUGCGUUCAUAGAUUCAUGCCGCUCACUCUUGCAAGAGUCGUUGUCGGAGUUUGGAAAAGCAGGGCUGCUUCUCCAUGUGCUCCGGACGCAAACAGAUCAGGCGCCCGGCCAUGAUCACAACCUCAAGUACUUGGGGGAAGCAGUCCAACUGGCAGCCCAAGACUCGGAAGACUCGAUGCAACUUUGGGUCGACCAGCUGUUCCGCAAACUCCCGGAUAUGCUGCGAGAGCACCGCAAGGUCAUCGAGAGGACGAUUCAUCCUCUCGCCAAUUUCGUCAGCACACUCAAGGGGAAUCUUUCGGAGGAGAGCUCCCAAGAGUUCGGCACCUUCAUCUCGCGCUUGGCCAGGCUCGUGAGCGAGUGGGACUUGCCCUGGGACUCGCCCAGCUUCGACCCCAAUCCUGUGAUCGAGAUGUGUGCGCAUGUGCUCAAGCUCACUCCUGCCACAUGUGCUGUGCCCCUUCUCCACCAGACCUCCACGCUCCUCUCGGUCGCCCUGACGCUAUACAGGGUCGGAUUCCAUGCGAUUAUGGUUCUCUUCCCGGUCUCCGUCGAGGUCGCACGGCGACACGGUACCGACAACACAGUGGCGACUGUGAUCUUUGAGGCGGCACUCACGGCCGUCCGAGGGGAGCCUCGCGCCCCUUUAGCCCUGACAUCUCUCCUCGCGUUCCUUGCCCAUGACAGUGACGACUCGUCAACCUUAGUGACGGAGCGAGAGAAGGUGCUGGUCGAGGCGUCGCACGGGUGCGUCCUUCUCCUCGUGCGCGAACACCCUACAUUGACCGCCGUGCGAGACCCUGAGAUCACGAUGAGACUCCUCGAUGCGGCCGCGACCGUCAUCGUGCGGGCUGAGGUCGCUGCACCGGGCAACACGGGCUUGUUGCUGAGCGGAUUUCGGCCCCAGUUGGUGAUCGAGCAAGUGCACCUCUUCGGACACAUCCUCUACUCAUCUCUCUCCAUCACGCUGGGCCACGCGCGCGCCGACCUCGUCUCUCUGUAUCCGGUGCUGGCGCGCGCAACGACGCUCACAAUGUACGGUUGGUCGGAAUUACUCAACGUCGUCGACCCUUCCGGUGAGGGCAGCCAUUUCGGCGAGUCGGUGUUUAUCGUCAUGCGGCUGGCGACGCUGGCCAUCCGGGACCCGAACUCAGACCCAACACCAAUCACGACCGAGGCUCUCGCGGCCUUUUGGCGCCGCCUCUGGCCCGAAUGGGGCCGUUUACUUGACACCUCGCUCUCCCCAAACUGCACCAACGACAUGUUACGCGCCUUCACGAUUCCCCUCCUCCUCGACAUUGUGUUGUUCGUUGCCUCGGCCGCGCCCCAGAUACUGGUAGAUGCCGCACCGAUCGUCGGUCGUGGUCUGAACGCCAUUGAGGACUGGGAGGCGACGUCAGACAUCAAAAGCGGACACAAACUCGCGCGCGCAGUGGCCACUUUGGAGGGCGUGCUGCGCGGCCUGGCUGAACCACAGCCGCGCGACGAGAUCGCGGACGUGCGCAAGGCCAUGCUGAACAGCGAGAAGAUUCGAAGCGCGACGCGAAGCCGCGAACCGCAGCGCGAACGCGCCCAGACCCGCAUGGCGUUCCGGUAG